AGGCACAGAGCCACACAGACACAGUGCACCUACCCUCCCUCUUCUCCUUCUUCCCCACACCAGCACGCGCCGCCGGGAUCGCCUAGCUCGACGAUGUCCACCAAGGGGUGCCAGGCUCAAGCUCCCGCCGGCGGGGGCGGGGGCGGCGGCGGCGGCGGCGGCGGCAACAGGGCGCCGACUGCGGGGAGCACGCCGCGCCGUGGCCAGAUCAAGGAGAAGAUCAUCAAGGACGUGGUCGCCGCGAUCAUCAGCAUGGCCGCGGGGCUCGUCGCCCGCGCCGACAAGAACGGCGGCGGAGGCCUCCCGGUGGCCGGCGACGCCGACGGCAAGUGAGCACCGCUCGGUCGAUGCGCUCCCUAGUCCUCUGCUGCUAACCUGUGCUCAUUUUCAGCGCGCGCAGCAGGGGACGGAGCAAAAAUUAUCAACUACCUCCUGCUGUCCUGGACGGAUUCAGCUGCCUUAUUUGAGAAGCAACUGAUCCAUCCCUGAGUCGAUCCCGUUAGCGUUCUCCAGGUCUUGGUCUGCUGCGAUCUUCUGCUGUUGGUGGUGAAGUCUCAGCUGGCGUCUCAGGAGGUUGUCGAAGGUUUUUGAGUGACAGACACCUGAUGUUGCCGCUGCGUUUUCGUCAUCCGGAGCUGGUCGACCGUCAGUCAUCGAUUUGCGUGCUUCUGUGUGCUGUGUGCUUUGGUUGUGUGUGCUUUGUCUUUGGUUGUGUAUCCAUGUAGUAUACGGUACUGUAAAAGGAUGAACGGAUCAGCAAGUAUUAUCGACUGAUCCGUCCGUCCUGCAUUCCUUACUUUGUGUGCUCUUACUGUGUACUUCAGGUUCCCUUCUUGUCAAAUCAAUAGUAUUGAAUAUA